AUGGGAAGUUACUUGUCUGCCCCAGCUUACUUCACUCCCAAGGAUCCCUUUCGGUGCUCUGAAUGUCAGGAUCCCCUCACUAACUGGUACUAUGAGAAAGAUGGGAAGCUGUACUGUCACAAAGACUACUGGGGGAAGUUUGGGGAAUCCUGCCAUGGCUGCUCUCUGCUGAUGACUGGACCUGUGAUGGUGGCUGGCGAAUACAAGUAUCACCCCGAGUGCUUUGCUUGCAUGAGCUGCAAAGUGAUCAUUGAAGACGGGGACACUUAUGCACUCGUGCAACAUUCCACUCUCUACUGUGGAAAAUGCCAUAACCAGAUUGUGCUGACACCAAUGAUAGAAAAACACUCCACUGAGUCUCUGCGUGAGCAGCUGCCUUAUACGCUGACCCUCAUCUCCAUGCCGGCAGCUACUGAUGGCAAGAGGGGGUUCUCUGUGUCUGUUGAAGGUGGCUGCUCCAGCUAUGCCACUGGUGUCCAGGUGAAAGAAGUUAACAGGAUGCACAUCAGUCCAGAUGUCCGAAACGCCAUCCACCCUGCAGAUCGUAUCCUGGAGAUUAAUGGAGCUCCUAUUCGUACAUUACAGGUGGAGGAGGUGGAGGACUUGAUUCGCAAGACAAGCCAGACGCUUCAGCUGCUGAUAGAGCACGAUCCUGUCUCGCAGCGCUUAGACAGGCUUCGUUUGGACUCCCGUCUUCCCACCCACAUAAAGCCGCCCAUUUCCCCACGCUCCCUCUCUCCACUGGACAUCAAGGAGAAUCUGGAAGGAACGCUCCGUCGUCGCUCCCUCAGGCGAAGUAACAGCAUUUCUAAGUCUCCUGGCCCCAGUUCUCCAAAGGAGCCGCUCCUUCUGAGCCGUGACAUCAGUCGUUCUGAAUCCCUACGUUCCUCUUCUAGCUGCUCCCAGCAAAUCUUCCGGCCCUGUGACCUGAUUCAUGGCGAAGUACUAGGAAAAGGAUUUUUUGGACAAGCAAUCAAGGUGACUCACAAAGCAACAGGAAAGGUGAUGGUGAUGAAGGAGCUGAUUCGCUGUGAUGAGGAAACACAGAAGACUUUCUUGACAGAGGUGAAAGUGAUGCGCAGCCUGGAUCACCCCAAUGUGCUGAAGUUCAUCGGUGUACUGUACAAGGACAAGAAGCUGAAUCUCCUCACUGAGUAUAUUGAGGGGGGCACCCUGAAGGACUUCCUCCGCAAUGCGGACCCAUUUCCCUGGCAGCAGAAGGUCAGCUUUGCCAAAGGAAUUGCCUCUGGAAUGGCUUACUUGCACUCCAUGUGCAUCAUUCACAGAGACCUGAAUUCACACAAUUGCCUAAUCAAGUUGGAUAAGACGGUGGUGGUGGCGGACUUUGGUCUGUCUCGGCUGAUUGUGGAGGAAAGAAAAAAGCCCACCUUGGAGAAGCCAUCUGCCAAGAAACGAACCCUACGCAAAAGUGACAGGAAAAAGCGCUACACGGUGGUUGGCAACCCAUACUGGAUGGCCCCAGAGAUGCUAAAUGGACAGAGCUACGAUGAGACAGUGGACAUCUUUUCAUUUGGGAUUGUUCUCUGUGAGAUUAUAGGCCAGGUUUAUGCUGACCCGGACUGUCUGCCACGCACACUGGAUUUUGGCCUUAAUGUGAAGCUGUUCUGGGAGAAGUUUGUUCCUGCUGACUGUCCUCCAGCCUUUUUCCCUCUGGCUGCCAUUUGCUGCAGACUGGAACCAGAGAGCAGGCCCCCUUUUUCCAAGUUGGAAGAUUCCUUUGAAGCUCUCUCUCUCUACCUGGGAGAACUUGCCAUCCCCCUCCCAUCUGAGCUGGAAGAGCUAGACCACAACGUGAGUGUGCAGUACGGACUGAACCGUGACAAGCUACCUGAAAACACAACCUAGUCAGCUUGUCCUGCUGCCUGCUGGAGUUCAGAUAAGUGACAGGGAGGGAGAUGCACUUCAGCGACUUCCAGGGCAUUAACGGGGCACCACGCUGUGUGUUUGCUGCAUUGCCUCUCUCUCCCCACCCAACACCUCUCCUCUUGGACAUCCUGAUUCACUGUGGAUUUCUGGCAUGUUUCAGAAGCGAAAAGGGCUGUUUCCUGCCAACUGCACCUAGGAAAGCUGCUCAACACUAUUUUUCUGGCUUGAGAAAUCAUUCUCUGGCCUUUUCAGGCUUCUCUACUGUGGUGCCUUAGAACUUGGCUGCAAGCUGUGAAGCCACCCUGGCCUGUCUGCCAGGGAGGGAAUUGCUGUAGGAGACUCUCCUGGGCAAGGACCAGCACUUCUGGAACUGCUUCUUCCACUGACUGCCCUGCUCAGAAAGACGGGGAAAUUGGACAUCCAACAAAAGGCCCCACCAGACAGCG